AUGGCAGCAUCAAUGCCAGAACCAUCUGACGGAGACGAUGUGGGACCCAUACAAUGCAGGAGCAGCUAUCAGUGGCUGCCACCUCAUAUGUCUGAGCUGAGGGUUGUUCUGCUGGGGAACAGCUGGUCUGAGAGGAGUUCAGUGGGGAACUUCAUACUGGGAGAGACUGUGUUCAGCACUGAGGAAGAACCAGACCGCUGUCUGAGAUUCAGUGGACAGUUGAAGGAGAAACGCAUAGUCCUUGUCAACACCCCAGAUCUGCUUCAUUACAACAUCUCUGAAGAGACACUAAAAGAACAUGUAGAGAACUGUGUGAGACUCUCUGCUCCUGGACCUCAUGUGUUCCUGCUGGUUCUACAGCCUGAAGACUUCACUGAGGAACAGAAACUGAGGCUCUGCAGAGUCCUGAAACUCUUCAGUGAUCAAUCAUUUGAUCAUUCAAUGGUUCUGAUCUCACCCAGAGAGGAGAGUUCAGGGUUCAGGGAAAAUUACAUGAACCAUUUGGCCUUACAAGAUGUGAUCAGAAAAUGCAGAGACAGGUGUUUGACACUGAAAAACCUUGAACAUCAAGAGCUUAUGAAACACCUGAUACAAAUUUCAGAGAAGAACAAAAGACAGUGUGUGAGCUGUGAUCUAUUGAACACAAUGAGUCCUGGUUUUACUAGAGACCAAGUCCUCAAACAAAAGAGAACAGCUCCACCACCACCAACACGUGGAGCUGCUGCAGAUAAACUCAGAAUCGUGCUGUUUGGAGACAGUGAAGAGGACAAGAUAACUCUAUGUAACUUCAUCACCAGAAAAGAAGCUUCUAUAUCUCAGAGAGACUCAGAGAGGAUGCACUGUGAGACCACUGAAGGAGAGUGGAAAGGAAAACCAUUAACAGUGGUGAAAGCUCCAGACAUCUUCAGUCUGUCUGAGGAAGCAGUGAGAGAAGAGGUGAAGAAGUGUGAGACUCUUUGUUCUCCUGGACCAAAUGUUCUGCUGCUGUUAGUGAAACCUUCUGAUUUCACUGAGAAGAACAGACGAACACUGAAGUUCAUCCUGAGUCUGUUUGGUCCAGAUGCUUUUAAACACUCGAUGGUCGUCAUGACAGAGAAGAAGAGAGGAACACAACACACUGUCAACCAGCUGCUUCAAGACUGUGGAGGAAGACUCUACAACAUGUUUGAAGAUAAACACCAACUGUUGAUGGAGAAGAUUGAGAACAUUGUGCGUGAAAACAAAGAAACCUUCCUCACCUUCUCUGAAGAGCCUGAACACAUGAAACCAGCUUUAAACCUGGUUCUGUGUGGGAGGAGAGGAGCAGGGAAGACUUCAGCAGCCGAGGCCAUUUUAGGUCAGACGGAGCUUCAUUCAGUCUCCAGCUCAUCACAGUGUGUUAAACAUCAGGGAGAGGUGAGAGGACAUCAGGUUUCCCUGGUGGAGCUUCCUGCCUUGUAUGGAAAACCUCAGGAGGAAGUGAUGAAGGAAUCAUUCAGGUGUAUCUCCCUCUGUGAUCCUGAGGGCGUCCAUGCCUUCAUCCUGGUCCUACCUGUGGGUCCCCUCACUGAUGAAGACAAGGGAGAGUUAGAGACCAUCCAGAACUCAUUCAGCUCUCCAGUCAAUGACUUCACCAUGAUUCUGUUCACUGUGGAGUCAGAUCCUGCAGCUCCAGCUGUUGUUGACUUUAUAAGAAAGAACAGAGACAUCCAGGAGCUGCUUCAGAGCUGUGGAGGAAGAUCUGUUGUUGUCAACAUCAAGGACAAGCAGCAGAAGUCUGAGGUGUUGGAGGCUGUGGACAAGAUGGGAGUUGAAGGAUCUGAAAGCUUUAGAAAGGAAAUGUUCACCAGGAUUCUGAGUGAUAAAGGUACAAGGCCAGACAUUGAAGACAGAAGAUUUCAAGCUGAAAGUAAAGAUGUAAAAGUGCAGAAUAUAAAGACAGAGCCUCUGAGGAUGGUGCUGAUCGGGAAGACUGGCAGUGGGAAGAGUGCAAGUGGAAACACCAUUUUAAGUCAACAACAUUUUGAAUCUAAAGCCAGCCAGAAGUCUGUGACAGAGAUCUGCCAAAAAGAAACAGGAGAGAUUGAUGGACGACCUGUCGUUGUGGUCGACACCCCCGGCUUGUUUGACACAGCUAGAACAAUGUCCAAUGAGGAAGUUGAACAGGAGCUUGUGAAAUGCCUCAGCAUGUUGUCUCCUGGACCUCAUGUUAUUUUACUGGUGAUGUCAAUCGGCUGCUUUACACUGGAAGAAAAAGGGACUGUUGAAAUUAUCAAGAAAAUCUUUGGUGAAAAUUCAGGAGAUUUCAUCAUCGUUCUGUUCACCAGAGGAGAUGAUCUGAAAAAUCAGUUAGUUGAAAAAUACAUAGAAGAAGAGUGUGAUGACUUUGUUAAAAAUCUAAUUGAAGAGUGUGGAGGGAGAUACCACGUCUUCAAUAACAAAGAUAUGACAGAUCGUACACAAGUCAGUGAGCUGCUGAACAAGAUUGAACUAAUGGUGAGAAAAAAUGGCGGGAACUGCUACAGUACAGAGCUGCUAAACAUUGAAAAAGAUGUUCAGAAGAUUUUCAAAGAGAUAGAAGAGAUGCAGGAAGAAAUGCAGAGAGAGAAGGACCAUAAAAAAAAUCAUGAGACAGAAAUAACAGAGCUCAGAAAGGAAGUGGAGAACCUGAAGAAAACACAAGAAGAAUACAUGGAACUAUUGAGAUGUGCAAACAGAUGCAUUAUCCAGUGA